GAUAAAAAGAUACAAAUUAAAUUGAAAAGGUACAACCAAGUGACAGUUAUUAUAUUAAAAGUGAAAAAUAUUGUAACACUUAUAAUAAUAAGUUAGUCAACAAAAUCAGGAAAGCAUCAUUUAGCAAGUAUGAGUGGUUCAUUAAGGGAUCAACCAUGGGGCUUUCAAGCCUUGGAACAUACAGCCACAAAAUGUUGUCCUUAUCGCCGUGUGAACAAAAUGACCUGGCAUCAGGGUGGUAUCUUAGCUCUUACAUAUUUGGCCUAUACUUGCUACCAUAUGACACGAAAACCAAUAUCAGUUGUGAAAAAUGUAUUAAGUCUCAAUUGUAGUACUUUAUCACCACCUCCAGAUUUUUUGAUUAAUAGUACUAAUCGAGAUACAUGGUGUGAUUGGGCUCCAUUUGAUACUGCAGAUGCUCCAGCAUUGCUUGGCAUGUUAGACUCAGCAUUCCUGUUUACAUAUGCAGCAGCCAUGUUCCUCAGUGGUUUCAUAGCUGAAAGAGUAAAUUUACGCUAUUUUCUAUCAUUUGGUAUGCUUGCAUCAGGUAUAUCUUGUUAUCUGUUUGGUAUUGCUAGACCAUAUAAUAUUCAUAGCUUGUGGUAUUUUGUUCUGGUACAGGCAAUUGGUGGUGUUUUCCAAACAUCAGGUUGGCCUGGUGUAGUUACAGUUGUAGGAAAUUGGUUUGGAAAAAGAAAAAGAGGUUUGAUCUUUGGCAUAUGGAAUUCUCACACCUCGUUGGGGAAUAUUUUGGGUAGUUUAAUAGCUGCUGAAUUUGUGGAAUCUGAUUGGGGUUUAAGUUUUAUGGUACCUGGAGCAGUAAUGGGCUUAGCAGGAUUUAUAAUAUUUCUAUUUUUAAUACCCAAUCCUAUAGAUAUCGGGUGUAUUCCACCUAUUUCUCCUAGAUAUAGAAAAUUCGAUGCAACCCACAGUUCAGAUGAAGGCAGUGGUUCAGAUGACUGUGAACAAUUAUAUAAUGAUGCCGAAGAUCGUCUCAUCUAUCGCUGUGUCUACCACGAACAAGUUAAUAUUGAUGAUGUGGCAAGUUUGCGAUCUGAAACUAGUCCAAUACUAUCAAGAUACAGACAUGUACAAGAAUCUCAUAGAGGAAAUGCAAUCGGAUUUAUAGGAGCUAUGUCUAUACCUGGAGUUAUAGAAUAUUCUCUCUCUUUAUUUUUUGCAAAACUUGUAAGCUACACAUUCCUGUAUUGGUUGCCAUUAUAUAUUGCAGCUUCAACUACUUAUAGUACAACAUUAAGUGCAGAUGUCUCUACUUUAUUUGAUGUGGGUGGUAUUGCGGGUGCGAUAGCAGCUGGUGUUUUAUCCGAUUAUAGCGGUAUGAGUGCUUUAACAUGUGCUGUUAUGCUUGGAUUUGCUGUUCCCGGGUUGUUUAUAUAUGACUACAUUGGAAGCACAAGUUUGGGCACCAACAUAGUAUUACUACUAAUAGCAGGAGUAUUGGUAAAUGGACCAUAUGCCUUAAUAACAACUGCUGUAUCUGCUGAACUAGGAACUCACCCUAGUUUAGGGGAUAAUUCAAAAGCUUUAGCUACAGUUACUGCUAUCAUUGAUGGAACAGGCAGUAUUGGUGCUGCUGUUGGUCCACUGCUAGCAGGUUUGGUAUCACGUUGGGCUGGCUGGCAUAAUGUGUUUUAUAUGCUUAUGAUCGCAGAUAUGGUGGCAUUAUUGCUUCUAUCGAGAUUAGUUUACAAGGAUAUUCAAAUGUACAGACGACGACGAAGAGCUGUUUAACUUUAUUCUUUUACACCAAGUAAAGAAUAAUGGAUAACUAUGAAAAUAAACAAAUGAUAUUAAUAUAUGUAUUUGUAACCUUAGCUUUUUCAUGUUAUAAAAUGUAUGAAAUGUUGUACUUUGUAACUGUAUCUAAAAUUCAUAUAUGAUUAAGUUUUAGAAAUAUUCAAUUUCAAUGCAUUUAAAUAAAUAAUAUAUUUUUUAUAA